AUGACUGUAAAAGAAACUCCUUCGAGGGAGUACACGAGUUUUUUGGUUAAUUUAGAGCAGUCCCCAAUUUUGCAUGAUGUUUUUAGAGAUGAACAAUUGAAACAGACCGAGCUGACCUCUAAACUAGAAUCCGCCUUCCUCUCCGGCCUGAGGUGUACCCAACCAAACAUCAGGAUGAAGUUCUUCAAAGUGUUCGACUCGUCCAUGCGUAGAAGAUUGCACGAUCGUCUGCUGUACAUUAUUUGCUCACAAAAUUGGGAUGCGAUCGGCUCCCACUAUUGGAUUAAGCAGUGCAUAGAACUUCUGCUCGCCACUGCCUCGACAGAGUCCAGAAUACAAAUGUCGCACGAGAGCGGCAUUUUGCCGAACAUAACUUCGGUUAUCAGUUCGGCGGAUGCGUUGCAGAAGGAAGAUCUGUUUUCGAUUAAACAGGAUCCGGUUUUAUUCGAAGGGUUUGAAAUUAAAGAGGAAGUGCUAGACAUCGACCGUUCAGAAUCGAACACAAUGGUAGAGGUCGCACUGAACAGAAACGAAAACAUCAGCAAGUUGAUUACGAAGCAUUUCGAGUUCGUAGAGGUCUCAGAAGGGAUAACAACGGAUCGCUUUCUGCUCGCCACCGCUCAACUGUGUCACCUGGACACGGACCUCGCCGAAGAGAUUUGGCUGCAGCUAUUCCCACGCUUGUGGGACGUUCUCGACGAGCAGCAACGCAAUAGUCUCAGCCCGGAGAUACUCGCCUUCAUUACUUCCGGAACUCACAUCAUUCAGAAAGACUGCCACCCAAGCGCGAUCAACACAUUUGUCGAGGCGCUGUCCAGAUGCAAUCCGCCCAUUCAGAUCGCUCCGCCUCUGAUGAAAUACAUCGGGAAGUCGCAUAAUUUGUGGCACAGAAUGGCUUUAGGUCUUGAGCAAAUGUCGUUCGAUCAGACGAGCGGCUCAAAACCCAGCAAUCUCGCUUCGUGCUACGAUUUUGAGCCUGACCAAACGGCUAAAAGUGAACUUCUGGACGCGUUAGGGGAGUUGUACUCGCUGCUGCGCGAGGAGGACCUCUGGGCGGGUCUCUGGCAGAAGCAUGCGCACUACAAGGAGACUAACGUCGCGAUUGCGUUCGAGCAGCACGGGUUUUACGAGCAAGCCCAAGCGGCGUACGAGUCCGCGAUGGCCAAACACAAGCAGGACAACACCUUAGGUCCCCUGCCCGCCCACACUCAGCGAGAAGUACAUCUUUGGACCGAUCACUGGAUAAGAUGCGCGAAGGAGUUGAAUCAGUGGGAUGUGCUGCUCGAAUACUCCAAGAAUGGAGUAUAUGAUCCGUAUACUGUUCUCGAAAGCUCUUGGAGAAUACCCACGUGGGACGUUAUGAAAGAAGCUCUCGCUAACGUCGAGUUUAACUGUCCAAAGGAGUUGGCGUGGAAAGUGACGCUUUAUGGCGGUUUCCUACUAAUUUGCAAUCCGGAAGAGAAACCACUGAAGGUCGCCGAAAGAUACGUCGAAACCGCGACGAUGAUGUGCCUUAAUGAAUGGAGACGCCUACCUCACAUAGUCAGUCACAUCCACCUGCCGUUCCUGCAAGCCGCCCAACAGGUCAUGGAAUUGCAAGAGGCCUACCAAAUCCAUAAGGGCUUAAUGCAAGGCCAUCAGAACUCCUUGCACGACAUGAAGGCCAUCGUUAAAACAUGGCGCAAUCGUCUACCGGUGAUCGCCGACGAUCUCACCCAUUGGAACGACAUUUUCACUUGGAGGCAGCAUCACUAUCAGUUCAUCGUGAAUCACUACGAAAGCUUGAGGGAGUCGAGUCACACGAACUCGAUGUUGGGAGUGCACGCGUCCGCCCAGUCGAUCAUCUACUUCGGCAAAAUCGCCCGAAAGCACAAGCUAACGAACGUCUGUCUGGACUCCUUGAAUAAGAUUUACACGAUUACGAGCGUGCCGAUCGUCGAUUGCUUCCAAAAGAUUCGCCAGCAGGUCAAGUGUUACCUGCAGAUGGCGUCGCUUACGAAUAAAAAUGAGUUACAAGAGGGGCUGGAGGUGAUCAAUAACACUAACGUCAAGUACUUCACUAAGGAAAUGACUGCCGAGUUUUACGCCUUGAAGGGCAUGCUGUAUCAUCUCAGCGGUAAAUCGGACGAGGCGAAUAAGGCGUUUUCUGCCGCAGUACAAAUGCACGACACGUCUGUCAAAGCGUGGGCCCUAUACGGCGAUUACCUAGAGCACGUGUUUACGCGUGACCACAGACAGAUCACUUUGGGCAUUAACGCGAUGACCUGUUUCCUGCACGCAUGUAGACAUCAAAACGAGUCUAAGGCGAGAAAGUACCUGGCAAAGGUUCUGUGGCUGCUCAGUUACGACGACGAAAAGUGCAGUCUAAUGGAAGCUCUAGAUAAAUAUUCGGUUGGGGUUCCGCCGAUUCUCUGGGUACCGUGGAUACCCCAAUUACUCAACUGCCUUGUACAGUACGAGGGGAAUGUUAUUUUGAAUCUGUUACUUCAGGUUGGACGAAUGUUUCCGCAAGCUGUCUAUUUUCCAAUUCGUACUUUGUAUUUAACACUGCGCACCGCAACUGCGCGCAAAACAAAUACAGUACAGCAACAGUCGCAAGAGACCCAUGUAGAUCAAACCCACACAUCCCUAGCAAACCAGAACCAAGACGGCGCGAGCAACGCCAGCACGAUCACGACGGAAGCGUCCGCGAUCAAAGCCACCCCCGCAAUGAUCCGCUGCUCCAAAAUAAUGAAAAUGCAACGUGACAUUCACACGACAGUCCUGUCCAGCUUGGAAGGGAUAGCGGAUCAGAUGGAGUGGUUCAGAGAGAACUGGUACGAGGAGGUCGUGCGGCAACUGCGCCAAGGGCUGGCGAAGUGCUACGCGAUCGCGUUCGAAAAUCGCGAGAGCGUCAACGAAGCCAAAAUCACCCCGCACAUUUUGAACUUUGUCAAAAAACUCGUGUCCACCUUCGGAAUCGGGGUGGAGAACAUAUCGAGCUCGACCAACGUACAGUUCAAUUCGGCCGCCUCCGAGAGUUUGGCGAGGCGCGCGGAGGCCACCUACCAGGAUCCCGUCUUUAAGGAGAUGAAGUUGGAAUUCGCGAAAGACUUUGACUUCUCCCAUUCGGGAGCGAUGCGCCUCCACACGCUGAUAUUUAAGUUGAAGAAAUGGAUUAAGAUCUUGGAGAACCGGUCGAAGAUGCUGAUCCAAUCGUUCCUAAUGGAGGAAAAGUGCAGGUUUCUCUCCAAUUUCACGCUGAAAACCGCCGAGGUCGAGCUGCCGGGCGAGUUUCUGCUACCGAAGCACACCCAUUACUACGUGAGAAUCACCAGGUUCAUGCCGCGGGUCGAUAUCGUUCAAAAGCACAACUGCGCCGCCCGUCGGCUGUACAUACGGGGGCACAACGGAAAAAUCUACCCGUACUUGGUCGUGAAUGACUCGGGCCUCGCCGACGCGCGGCGCGAAGAAAGAGUCCUGCAAGUGCUGAGAAUGCUCAACCACUACCUUGGUAAACACAAGGAGACUUCGAAGAGAUUCUUGCACUUCACCGUGCCCAGAGUCGUCGCCGUGUCUCAGCAGAUUAGACUGAUUGAGGACAAUCCGUCAUCGGUCUCCUUACUGGACAUCUUCAAACAGGGGUGUACAAAGCUGAAUAUCGAGCACGACGCGCCCAUCCAUUACUACUACGAGCGUUUGGCAGCUAUCCAUGUUGAGAGUAUUGUGAAAUGCACAAGAUAGUGCAGCGAAGCGUACUAGGCCUCAUGAUAGUAGCUGUAAAAAAAAAACUGUGUUGGUUGUUAUAGAAAUUGUUGUUGACUUGUAAUCUUUUUUGACAAUAGAAAAAUAU